AUGGACGUCUGGGGCGACGAGGAGCCCGGCCAACUGGCUAAAAUUAAACGCGAUCACACUAACGCGGGAUAUCUAGACGGAAUCACGCGGUCAAAAGAACAGUCUUUGCAAGGCGGGUUCGAUGAAGGGUACCCAGAGGGCGCUGCUAUGGGCCUUGAGGUUGGUCGAAUUAUUGGCUACUUCCAAGGCCAGGGACUCCGAGAUAUCGAGAAAAAGGCAUUUGAUGAAUUGAGUGAGGCCAGUCUGUUUAAUUCCCAGUAUUACAACGCAGAUGCAACCCCCAAUUUUCAAGGAACGCAUCCAUUGAUCAAAAAAUGGCAAGAUAGAGUACAAUCGUUUAAUGUAUAG